AUGAGACCGCUGCAGGGCCCUCGAGGCCGGAGCGCCGUCGUGGGGACCGUCACCCUCUGCCUGGCCGCCGGGUGGGCUCUGCAGACUCCCGGAGGAGUAUCCUUAGUUGUCCCACAACCCAACAUCAAUGCAACAGUGGCACAAAACAUUCUCCUCUCAGUUGAAUACUCUUGCCGAGGCGUGGCCACCAUUGAGUGGAAGCAUGUGUCAAGUUGGGGCACCACCAGCAUUGUUGAGUGGAGAAGUGGGAAUUAUGUCAACAUAUCCACGGUCUACAAGGACAGAGUGACUACUUUUGAAAAUGGCUCUAUACAGCUUCGGAAUGUGGGCAUGAGAGAUGCCGGCUACUAUUUUGUCACUGUAAUGGAGGAGCAUGGAACCAAUGCCUAUGGCACCAUCAUAGUCAAUGUUUAUGAGAUUAUCUAUGAAGAUUUGCAUUUUGUAGCAGUUCUCUUCACAUUUCUCGCUGCAGUAUCUGCCAUUCUAAUCUGCUUCAUGUGGCUGUGUAAUAAAUCUCUGCAUCUAUUUCAGAAGAAGACAACACACAAACUGACAGCAAGUACAACAGAAGAGAUUGAACUGGAAACCAUUGAGUGUUAGCCAAGGACUGUAUCAUAAUAAAAAUAACAAUUCUAC